AUGCCCGUCCCCGUCAAAGCACCGACUCCUCCAGGAGGAAUCAAGUCCUACUAUCAGGCAAAGAUUGAAGCUGCUGAACUUACUAUCAAUCACAAGACACAGAAUCUGCGACGACUUGAAGCUCAACGGAAUGCUCUGAAUGCUAGAGUUCGCUUAUUGCGAGAGGAACUGCAACUUUUACAUGAACCUGGCAGUUAUGUUGGUGAAGUGGUGAAAGUCAUGGGCAAGAACAAGGUUCUUGUGAAGGUACAACCUGAGGGGAAAUACAUCGUUGACUGUGACCAGGAUAUCGAUGUCGCCACCCUCAAGCCGUCUCUACGAAUUGCCCUUCGAUCCGAUUCAUACACAGUCCAUAAAGUCCUACCCAACAAAGUGGAUCCCCUUGUAUCGCUGAUGAUGGUCGAGAAGGUCCCAGAUAGCACGUACGAAAUGGUCGGAGGUCUAGACAAGCAGAUAAAGGAGAUUAAAGAAGUCAUUGAACUACCGGUCAAACAUCCGGAACUCUUUGAAGCUCUUGGCAUUGCCCAGCCUAAGGGUGUCCUGCUGUACGGUCCUCCUGGCACAGGCAAAACGCUCCUUGCACGUGCAGUCGCACAUCAUACGGACUGCCAAUUUAUCCGUGUGUCUGGGUCGGAGCUCGUGCAGAAAUAUAUCGGAGAGGGUUCACGUAUGGUUCGAGAACUGUUCGUCAUGGCCCGCGAACACGCUCCAAGUAUUAUCUUUAUGGAUGAAAUCGAUUCUAUCGGUAGCUCGCGUGGGGAAGGUGGCAGUGGCAGUGGUGAUUCGGAAGUACAACGGACUAUGCUGGAGCUGUUGAACCAGCUCGACGGUUUCGAGUCGACGAAAAACAUCAAGGUCAUUAUGGCGACUAAUCGAAUAGAUAUUCUGGACUCUGCACUGCUAAGACCUGGUCGUAUUGACCGGAAAAUAGAAUUCCCACCACCGGGCCCGGAGGCGCGUGUCAGCAUUCUCCGCAUUCAUUCACGCAAAAUGUCACUUCAACGUGGUAUCAACCUCCGUGUUCUUGCCGAGAAAAUGGGACAAUGUUCUGGUGCUGAAGUUCGUGGUAUCUGCACCGAAGCAGGUAUGUACGCUCUUCGGGAACGACGACAACACGUUACGCAAGAAGACUUUGAAUUUGCCAUCGCUAAGGUCCUGAAGAAGAAUCAGGAAGGGAACACAUCGGUCAACAAACUUUUCUCUUGAUUAUUCUCAUUGUGCUACUGUUUUUUGUUCCGACUUUUCGAUCGCAAGAUAUUUUAUAUUCUGUUCAGCAUGGUGGAUUAAUUAUUGGUGUGAUAAUUACCACCUCAUCGUGAUGCGCUGAGACCUCGCUAUGAUUCUGGCAGACAGUCCAAACGGCAAGCAAUUGGCGAGACAUACUUUGCCUGCCCUUGAGAUAAC